AUGGAGGAGCACGCGCCACCGCGGUGGCCGAACGUGAACGCGCCGCCGGGGUACCGCUUCAAGCCGACCCCGCGGGAGCUGAUCCAGUGCUACCUCGAGCCCGGCCACCAGUCGCCCGGCGAGUUCUACGGCAUCAUGGCCGCCGCGGACGUGUACGGCGAGGACCCCGGCACGCUGGCGUCGCGCUUCCAGCACAUCGCCCACGACGACGGCAACUGGUACUUCCUCUCCGUCGCUCGCUGGAAGGACGGCAACGCUAGAAGCAAGCGGAUGAACCGCGCCGUCGGGGCACUCGGCACGUGGCACGGGUCCGGCAAGCGGAUCCCCGUCCGCGGCGCCGGGUACCUCCAGUCCUUCGAGUUCCGCCCCGCCGGCGGCGGCAAGACCGCGUGGCUCAUGGAGGAGUUCGGCACCGUCCGGAACGACGCCACCGGCGAGGACGGCGUCAAGGUGCUCUGCAGGUUGCACCUCAGGCCCAAGGCGGCGGCGGUGGCGGAGGGAGACGACCGCCAGCAGCAGCUCGAGGCCAACGACGUGCCGGUCCCGUGCAACAAGAGGCAGCGGCAGCGCGCGCCGGCGCGCCAGACGGCGGCGCCCGAUGUCGGGGGCUCCUCCUCCUACUAUGCCACCACCGCUGCUGCGCCGGCGCCAGCGCCUCCGGAUGUCAGGUGCUCCUCCUAUGCCACCACGUCGUCCCAUGCUGCUGCUGCUGCUGCGCCGGUGACCGAUCUGACAGCAGAAGCAUUGGCCACUUGGCAACACCAACCCAUGAUGGAACAAGUCGACGGGGAUUGCCAAUACCACUGCGCCGGCGUCCAUGGCGGCGUAUACAUCAGGGCCGACGACGAGCCACAGCGAUUGGAGAUGGUUACAGAAGACUUGGAGUUUACCGCGCAAGAUUUGAAGCUGGAAGACUCUGACUUUGUGUUUACCGUGGAACAUUUGCUGCAGCUGGACGAUGGAUGGAUCAUGGACAGUAAUAGUAACGCCUUCUCAGUUCUACAGACCAUGUGUGAUGGUGUGCAAGAGAACAACGAUCCGAAACCAGAGCCCAGUGACGGUGUGCAAGAGAACGACGACGACGAUCCGAAAGGCGAUACUGACGCAAGUUGA